AUGUCAAAUGGCUCUACACAAGCAGCAUCGCAACCACGUCCGCUAAGCAACAGCAGCUCUCCUCCAUCCUCAAAGAAAGCUCAUCCCACCUUCCACUUUUUCGCCGGCCUCGGCAGCGGUAUCUCCUCCGCCGUCCUCCUCCAACCAGCCGAUCUCCUCAAGACCCGUGUCCAACAAUCUGGUGCCCAUACCUUGCGCGAAACACUCCGCGACAUCCUCAAGGGUCCACGGCCGAUCGCGAGCCUCUGGCGAGGAACUGUACCUAGCGCGUUGCGGACAGGCUUUGGCAGUGCGCUAUAUUUCACCAGUCUCAGUUCACUGCGCAGUCUAGUUGCAAAGAAUGCUGCAUAUACGGCGACAUUGACGGGUGGGAGAGUCGCGGAGCCAGACAGUACAGGAAAGAGGAGUGGAGAUGGCGGUGGUGGUGGCCGUGGUAGUAGACGCAGCACCGUCCUACCCAAACUGACCAAUACACAAAACUUGCUUACGGGAGCAACGGCUCGAGUCCUGGCGGGGUUCAUCCUGAUGCCCAUGACGGUCAUCAAGGUGCGGUACGAGAGUAAUUUCUACGCGUACAAGAGCAUCAGGUCCGCGACGAGCAGUAUCUUCAAAGCUGAAGGGAUAAGAGGGUUCUUUACAGGUUUCGGCGCGACUGCGAUACGAGAUGCGCCUUAUGCUGGACUGUAUGUGGUGUUCUAUGAAGCAAGUAAGACGUGGUUGAACAAAGCCUUUUCUCCUACGACAACGGGGUCUCCGGCCGAUACAGGCGAGGUUAGCAUGCUGCUUUCUGGAACGAGCAUUAACGCGGCGAGUGGUGUUGUUGCUGCGAGUACGGCUACCGCGAUCACGAACCCGUUCGAUGCAGUCAAGACGCGGCUGCAACUCAUGCCUGGGAAAUAUCAGAAUAUGUUCCGUUGUGCGAAGGUGAUGUUCGUGGAAGAUGGGAUGAGGAGCUUUUUUGAUGGGUUGGCGUUACGAAUGGGACGGAAGGCGUUGAGUAGUGCGCUUGCGUGGACAGUGUACGAGGAGUUGGUUCUGAGGGCGGAACGGUCGUUUGUAGAGAAUAAUGGGGAGGGAAAGGCGGCUGUAUUAUGA